CAAACUACCUUUCAGUCCGCGCUGCAUGGCGGGCUAGAAUGAAGUCUAUUCCAAACCGACACAUUCAGUCGGGAUCAAUGUGCAAGUUCAUGGGAUUAUAUAAACUCCUACGUGUUUAAGGGAGGUGGAGACAACUUACCACCCCCUCCCACCGUCCUUGACUGAAAUUACCAAAUCUUUUUGCACAGGGGAGACACUUGAAGCACUCCCAAAGAACUCGAAAUGGAGGCUCCCGAUGGUUACUGUGCUAGUAACGGCCAAUGCUCUCCCGGUAAGGAGAACUCGAGAAUGUUGGCGGAUACAUCAACACCUAAUGGACAGACAGUUCCUCAGGGUCCUAAUUCCCCUAGUGAACUGACAAUUAAACAAGAGGAAGAAACAGCGGAGGAGGCUGACAACAGAAGCCCAGGACUUGGUGAAAUAGGUGAAACUGGGGAGGAAGGAGUAGCAUUGGAGGAAUCCAUGACUGGCAGCCCAAACAAUUUACAGGAUGGAUUAUCUGAGCCAAACAUGACAGCUGAUGGAGGAAGUCGACAACCAAACGGUGACAGGCCGUUCCAGUGUAACCAGUGUGGCGUCUCAUUCACCCAGAAGGGAAACCUGCUGCGACACAUCAAGCUGCACACAGGCGAAAAACCCUUCAAAUGCCCCUUCUGCAGCUACGCCUGCCGGCGGCGCGAUGCCCUCAGUGGGCAUUUGCGCACUCAUGCUGUUGGCAAACCACACAAGUGUAACUACUGUGGGCGAAGCUACAAACAGCGCACUUCCCUGGAGGAACAUAAAGAGCGCUGCCAUAGUUACCUGCAGACUAUCAGCUUGGAUCCCAACACCAGCACUGGCCCUUACACAGGUGAGGUCCCUAAAGAGCCGAGGCCCAUGGCAGAGCCCAACACCAUGGCUACCUUUGAUCGGCCGCCUGUUAUUGAAAGGCUGCACAGCAAUGUGGGCAAGAGGAAGAGCACCACGCCUCAGAAAUUUGUGGGUGAAAAGAUGGUACGCUACAGGUACCCUGAACUAGGCUAUGAGAUGGGCCUCAAGUAUGAGAAGCAACAUGAACUGAUGUCGGCCCACAUGAUGGAUCAGGCCAUCAGCAAUGCCAUAACAUACCUAGGAUCGGACACUCUUCGGCCCAUACUGCACCAUCCAGGCCCUCCUAUCUCUAUGGCUGAAGGUGUGCCCAUGGUCCCCCCCCUCUUCCACCAUGUCCUGCCAUUGGGCCAACGAACAGAGCGUCCAGGAAACUGUGACACGCUGCCACCACAGCCACCUCAGCCCCAUGAAUUCCCCAGCCAUCCCACCACAAAUGGCCCCACUGCUUUAACCAGGCAGGGCAAACUGCGCCAGCCAGGGCAAGAAGAAUCUCCCAGCAACAGUGGAGUUGAUUCUGCUGACUCAGCUCGCAGCAGCCCUCACGAGAGGCAGGGCUACCACGGGAACAACCCCACUACCGGCCUCAGGUCUCGAGCCAGUCCAGCGGUGGUUUAUUCAGGUGAGCGGGUGACAGAAGCAUCACCCAGAAGUGUGGCAGGAAUGAGGACUGGAAUAAUGCGAGUGGCCACAGAGAGGCCUGUGAACCAGGAAGGGGUGCGGGUGUUUGGACGAGAGGGCCAAGAGUUGAGAGCCUUCCAGUGCGAGCAUUGUCGGGUGCUCUUCCUGGACCAUGUCAUGUACACCAUCCACAUGGGUUGCCACGGAUACAGAGAACCAUUGGAGUGCAACAUCUGUGGUCACCGCAGCAAAGACCGCUAUGAGUUCUCCUCUCACAUAGUUCGUGGUGAACACACCUUCCAGUAAGAGGAUGGGUAGGAAUUAAGGGACAAAGAAGGGAAAGGAGCAAUAGCCUCAUAUUCAUUCUUAGACUGCACAGUUGAAUGGCACUGUGGACAAGUGUAGCACAAUCAUAGCAUAGACUUCUUUUUAAGCUGCUUAUUGUGAAUCUGAACAG